UUUUUUUUUUGUGACCUAGGAUCUGAGUGUACCAAUUCCCUUGGCUCCUCUUCCUGCUCUGAUCCUUGUGUGACCCGCAGUGUUCUCAAUGAGCCCUGGAGAAGUGUAAACAACACAGAAUCCUCCACCCCGAACUGUGAUUAUUACCUGAAUGGAUGGUAUCAGUUUGUUGGCAGUGGAGGUGUUCGUAUACCGGAAUCCUGUGUACCCGCCUAUAGAUGUAAUACACACGCUCCAGUGUGGAUGAAUGGAACACAUCCGCUCAUUACAGACGGCGUCGUGAAUCGCACGGCUUGUGCCAGUUAUAGUGGAAGUUGCUGCUACUGGACAUCAACCAUCCAGGUCAAGGCGUGUCCCCAGGGAUACUAUGUGUACAAAUUAUUCACAACUCCAGGGCCCGUUUGCUACUUGUCCUAUUGCACAGAGACCACCAACAGCUCUACAACCACAGGAUCUGAGUGUACCAAUUCCCUUGGCUCCUCUUCCUGCUCUGAUCCUUGUGUGACCCGCAGUGUUCUCAAUGAGCCCUGGAGAAGUGUAAACAACACAGUAUCCUCCACCCUGAACUGUGAUUAUAACAAGAACGGAUGGUAUCAGUUUGUUGGCAGUGGAGGUGUUCGUAUUCCGGAAUCCUGUGUACCCAUAAAUAGAUGUAAUACAAACUAUCCAGUGUGGAUGAAUGGAACACAUCCGGUCAUUACAGACGGCAUCGUGAAUCGCACGGCUUGUGCCAGUUAUAGUGGAAGUUGCUGCUACUGGACAUCAACCAUCCAGGUCAAGGCGUGUCCCCAGGGAUACUAUGUGUACAAAUUAUUCACAACUCCAGGGCCCUUUUGCCAGUUGUCAUAUUGUACAGAUCCCAACCAAUGUUUUCCUGAUGAAGAGAGCGGGAUUGUUAAUGGAGUAUCAGGAUGUUAUUGCAACUCAUCAUUAAAUGACACCACUGCUACGUAUGAUGCCAUGCCUAAAGAUAUCAAUAUUGAAUGUGGAAUGAAUCAAAUUACAGUUUCUUACAGUAAAUGUUACAUUGAGUUGUUGGGAUUCAAUACUUCAUCAUUACAUCUGAAGAACAGUAGCUGCACCGGGGUCAUUCAAAUAAGAGAUAAAAGGUACAUUACUGUCACCACACUGCCCAGGAGUGGUUACUGCGGAACAGAGCUGAUGGUGACAGAAGUGUCUAAUGCUAUAAUACUGUUUUGCAGUGAAAGUAAUCUAACACUCGGAGGAUCUUCAUCAUAUGCGGCCAGAAUGGGCAUCUUCCAAGAUUCUAGUUACACCAUUCUCUAUGAGGACCAAGGAGGCUGGAGAAAUACAAGUGUACCUUUGUAUGUUGGGAUAAGUGUGAAAAACGAGACUUCUCCCUCAGCCGUGCUGCUUAUGAAGAGCUGCCUUCUGACCACUACAUCCUAUACAGAUACUGCGAGAUACAACGUCAUCAGUGACUACUGCCCUGUUCUCAAUGACUCUACGCUACAUGUGGAAGAGAAUGGAGUCUCCCGGCAAGGACGUUUCUCUCUUAAUAUGACUCAGUUUGCUAGAAAUUACAGCAAAUAUUCUAUAGACUGUCAGAUAGUCUUGUGUAAUACAACAUUGGGGACUUGCAGUCCGAAUUGUUCCCAAACAAACCCCACAAUAGUGGUCAGCAGCACGGACAUCGCCAGUUUAACAUUGGGUGCUCUGUAUACUGAUGGUAAUAUUUUAUCUUUCUAUAAGAAUUCGAUUUUAUUACAAAUAUGAGCAAUUUCUCACCAAGUACUAAACAUAAAUGCAUUCAAAAAGAAACAUCUCAGCAUUCUUUGGCAACACGGCAUUGGUUUAUUAAUGAUUUACAAUGUCAAGAAAAUCCAAAUCCUAAUUUAAACAUGUCUGGUUACAUAAUGCAUGGUAAUUCUGGUAUGAUUUUUUUUCCCCCAAAAAGUUAAAAUACUUUUAAUUUGUAUUACAAAUAUGUGCAAUUUUUUACCAAGUACUAAACAUAAAUGCAUUCAAAGAGAAACAUCCCAGCCUUCUUUGGCAACACGGUAUUGGUUUAUUAAUGAUUUACAAUGCACAAUGUAUAGAAAAUUCAAGAAAAUCCAAAUCCAAAUUUAAACAUGUCUGGUUACAUAAUGCAUGGUAUUUCUGGUAUGAUUUUUUUUUUCAAAAAGUUAAAAUGUUUUUGAUUUUCCUUUAAAUUAAAAUUGUUCAUCGAAUUCGAAUAAACACAAAAUGGUCAUAAUGGUGAUGAUA